GUCUGCGAAACCUCCCAACUUGAAAUUAAUUCCACCGCCAUGACACAAUCCACACAAUCCAUCCCUUCGCCCUCCUCUACUCCUCCCUCCCUCUCAGCCGGGAAAACCAACCGAUCCCCAAACACAGACCGGCCACAUAUUUUCGCACCGUCGUCUCUCCCUUCGAUCUUUCUCCGAAUCCCUAAGUCCAGUCGACUGAUGGAGGAGUUUCGUUUAUAAGUUGCAAUAUACUGAGGAAUCCUACGGAAACUUGAUGCAAUUACGCAAUGCUUUUUUUAUUCCUCUUGUCUGUGAUCUGAACGAAGCUUUAUUUUUAAUCGUCUGCUCUGUGGGUUCUCCAUUUGCUUUCUUAAAGUUCUGCCUUUUUUUGAAAAUAACUUAUGGGUAUUUCGGUGCUGAUUGAAGAAGCAAUAAAUUAGUAGUAUACUAUUCGGUGUCCAUUUUGAAGUUUCGGUUCCAUUUAUUGAACGCUUUGUGCUUAUUGACUUCUUGGCUUUUUAUCACUGAAUCAAACAGAGUGCUGGAUUCUGGGAAUCUUUAGGGUUUCUUCAGGACUCUCUGGAAUUGUAUGAUUGAGGCUGGUGAUGGUGAAAGCGGAGGCUGAGAGCAAGGGUGCUACUAAGCGAUGGAGUGGGUUGGUGGUUGGAGCUCUUAUUGUCAUCUUUAUCGCCAUGGCUAUGUCUUUGGGAAUCUCUUCGUAUUUAUCGCUUUUUGGAUGGACUAGCAUGCCUUGCCAAUGUUCUAAGUAUAGUGGCAUUGUUGAGGAUUGUUGUUGUGAUUAUGAGACAGUGGACCGACUUAAUGAGGAAGUGUUGCACCCAUUACUCCAAGAGCUUGUAAAAACUGCAUUCUUCCGAUAUUUCAAGGUUAAGUUGUGGUGUGACUGUCCUUUCUGGCCUGAUGAUGGUAUGUGCCGCCUGCGGGAUUGCAGUGUUUGUGAAUGCCCAGAAAGUGAGUUUCCUGAACCAUUUCGGAGGCCCCAUUCUGGCCUCUCACAAGAUGAUUUAAUCUGUCAAGAGGGAAAGCCACAGGCCGCUGUGGACCGUACAAUAGAUAGUAAAGCUUUCAGAGGCUGGACGGUAACAGACAAUCCCUGGACAAAUGAUGAUGAAACUGACAAUUCUGAGAUGACAUAUGUCAAUCUUCAACUGAAUCCUGAACGCUACACUGGCUACGCUGGCCCAUCUGCUAGAAGGAUAUGGGAUGCUGUCUACAGUGAGAACUGCCCCAAAUAUCCAUCUGAAGAGUCAUGCCAAGAGGAAAAGAUAUUGUACAAAUUGAUAUCUGGUCUUCACUCUUCGAUCUCAAUCCAUAUAGCUGGUGAUUAUCUACUUGAUGAAGCUAGAAACUUGUGGGGUCAAAAUCUCUCAUUGAUGUAUGACCGGGUCCUACAAUACCCAGAUCGUGUCAGAAACUUGUACUUCACAUUUCUCUUUGUUCUCCGAGCUGUGACAAAGGCAGCAGAUUAUUUGGAAUAUGCCGAGUAUGAUACUGGUAACCUGACUGAGGACCUGAGGACUAUGUCCUUGAUGAGACAGCUACUUUUCAAUCCUAAACUAAAAGCUGCAUGCCCAAUCCCAUAUGACGAAGCUAAAUUGUGGAGAGGUCAACGUGGACCUGAACUAAAGCAGAAAAUCCAACAGCAAUUCAGAAACAUAAGUGCAUUGAUGGACUGUGUAGGAUGUGAGAAAUGUCGUCUGUGGGGAAAGCUUCAGGUCCUUGGUCUUGGUACUGCAUUGAAAAUCCUUUUUUCUGUCGAUGGUCAGGAACAGUUGGGUCAGACUCUGCAUCUACAACGGAAUGAAGUCAUUGCCCUAAUGAACCUACUGACUCGACUGUCGGAGUCUCUAAAAAUUGUCCAUGAAAUGGGGCCUUCUGUUGAAAAAAUCAUGGAAGGUCAGAUGUCUUCACCCAGUGCUCCAAAGAGCUCAUGGCAAUGGAUAUGAGUAUCCAUAGUCAAAACCAAGGUAAGUAGAAAUCACUGAACCCAAUUUGAGACAGGUACACGUUACUUCUGAAAAAUAGGAUAUCAAGAAAGUGCAGUGUGGGUUUCAGAAAGAAUGGUCCCAUGGAAAGGAUAGAAUAGAUGUUGUAUAAGAACCAUUUCAAGACAGGCGAACGCGGUACAUAUUGCUGGUUUUAAAAAUUUUGAAAUCUUAAUAGUGAACAUUCUGCACUCUUAUUUUUCAUUAUUUCUUUUUCGCUUUUCACAAUGUGAGAUCUGUUACAUCAUGCGUCGGAAAUUUGAUAGUAGAAUUCGCAGCAGUA